UACACCAAACAAGCAAACAAUCCCCAACACAGAGAAAAAGAAAAGCGAGAAUUCCCCAACGAAAACCCACUCCCCUAAUUUAUCCCAAUUUCUCUCCUCAAAUUCUCAAAUCUUGGCAUUUCGGUCGGUUCUGAUUCUCUUUGAUAUUGGGUUUCCACAGGAAGUUUUAAGGACAAAGACUUGUGUGAAGGGGAUUACGACAUGGCUGGUAAUGCUGCGGCCUGUGCAGAGAGGGCAACAAGUGAUAUGUUGAUUGGUCCAGACUGGGCAAUAAAUAUUGAAUUAUGUGAUAUUAUCAAUAUGGACCCUGGGCAAGCUAAAGAGGCCUUGAAGAUACUCAAGAAGCGCCUGGGCAGCAAAAAUCCAAAAAUACAACUCUUGGCUCUUUUUGCAUUGGAGACUGUGAGCAAGAACUGUGGUGAGAAUGUUUUUCAGCAGAUCGUUGAGCGUGAUAUCUUGCAUGAAAUGGUCAAAAUAGUAAAGAAGAAGCCAGACUUGAAUGUUAGGGAAAAGAUACUAAUUUUGAUAGAUACAUGGCAAGAAGCUUUUGGGGGACCAAGGGGAAGAUUUCCCCAGUAUUAUGCAGCAUAUAAUGAAUUGAGGUCUGCUGGAGUUGAAUUUCCACCAAGAGAAGAGAACAGUGUACCAAUAUUUACUCCACCCCAGACCCAGCCAGUAGUUCCUCCUGUUACAUCAUAUGAUGAUGCUGCCAUUCAGGCUUCUCUCCAGUCGGAUGCAUCGGGCCUUAGCUUGCCAGAGAUUCAGAAUGCUCGUGGAAUUGCAGCUGUGUUGAUGGAAAUGCUUAAUGCCUUGGAUCCUAAGAAUCCUGAGGGUUUGAAGGAAGAAGUGAUUGUUGACCUUGUUGAUCAGUGCCGUUCAUACCAAAAGCGUGUGAGGCUUCUUGUGAAUGAGACUGCAGAUGAGGAGCUUCUAGGUCAGGGAUUGGCACUGAACGAUGAUCUGCAGCGUGUAAUUUCUCGGCAUGAUGAUAUUGUGAAGGGAACUACAACUGUAGUAAGAGGAGCAGAAUCUUCAGUUGUGCCACUUGUGAAUGUGAACCAUGAGGAUGAUGAGUCCGAGGAUGAAUUUUCCCAACUAGCGCACAGGUCAUCAAGAGAUAAUUCACAAGGACAGGGCCAGAGAUCAGCCAAUGCCAAGGCUGAACCUGUGCAAGUCAGCCCACUUCUUCCUCCUCCACCGUCUUCGCAAAGGCCAAUCACUCUGGGUCCUGGUGUGAUUGAUUAUCUCAGUGGAGAAGCCUACAAAUCUGAAGGAUCCUCUGCAACAUCACAAUCCACAUCCUUUGCAGCUCCCGUUCAUUCCAGCUCCACCUCACGAUUGACUCCACUAUCACCCUCACCCCCUUCUUCCCAAAACACAACUCCAUCACCUAUAUUCACUGGAAAGCCUGUAUAUGAUGAACCAGCUCCAAGAAGCAAAUCUAUAGAUGGGCUACCUCCUGCUCCUUGGGAUACUCAGUCUCUGGGGAAUCCUCAGUCUCCUGGCAAGGGUCACUCUCCUGUCAGCCUUCCACCUCCGCCUUCCAGGUAUAACCAGAGACAACAGUUUUUUGAGAAACAAAGCGUUCCAGGCAGCGGAUCUGGUUCAUCUUAUGACAACUUAGUGGGACAGACUCAGAAUCUCUCCCUUAAUUCGUCUACCCCAACAAAACAAGUAAAACAGGAAGAUGCUCUUUUCAAGGAUCUAGUUGAUUUUGCAAAAGCCAAGUCGUCUUCUUCAAACCCGAAUAGGUCAUUUUGAGUUGUGCCCAUCAGCGUAUCAGUCAGUCCGGCUCUGGACCUUAUUCCUCACUUACACACAUAUGAGAUCAUGAGAUUACCUGUUGCUAAAUAAAUAUUGGUAGGAACUUUGUCGGUUUUGGUUUGUCUAUGCUGUUUAGUUGGUAUAUUUCCGAGAUGUUAGCGGGCAUUGCAUAUAAUUUAAUGUAUUGAUGUACCUUAUUGUUUGAUUUCUUUGAUCUCGGCUUGUUUUUAACGGUUGGCCAAAUUUUCCUUUCUUGUUUGUGUCUUUGUUGUAUGUAUGUAUGUAUCAAAUUGUCGUACCAACCACAUGGACUCGAGAUGUUGAAAUUUAAUAUUGGCGGGUUUGCAUUUA